CCCUGCCGCCCCCAUGUCGGAGGGGCCGCCCUACGGCGAGGGGCAGCUGGAGGGGGACGCGGCCGUGGGGCAGCUGCCCUUCCCCCUGCGGCUCCGCGGCCCCGACGGGCUCCUGGCCGGCGGGCAAGGCAAGCGGCCCCCCAAGCUGGGGCAGAUCGGCCGCAGCAAGAGAGUGGUUAUUGAAGAUGAUCGGAUUGAUGAUGUGCUGCAAAAUCUCACGGAGAAAAACCCUCCUGAUGUAUAAAACCUCCCCGGGGAUGCUGGGUUGAAGCUGGAGGGGCCCCGAGGGGAAGAGAUGGUGGUGGUGGUGGGGCACAAGUUAUCGACCAAAAUCAAUCCAACCCCACAAGAUUGAAGUGAUGGUGCUGAGGAAGCACUGGGAAAGGCACCCUCACCAGCCCAGAGACAGGAAGAGCCCAGAAACAAAUGCAAGAAUCAGAAUAAUUCAAAUAAUAAUAAUUGGAAAAAAACCCAUCCCCACCCCACCAGCACGAGGGACAGCUGGAGGCAUCGUGGCGCUGAAUUACUCGUGAUUUCUUGUCUCAGUGGGAUGAAGCUUGUGCCAUGCUAGAUCAGGGAGUAAAAGGAAACGGGGGGACAGUGGAAGAGAAAGGGGGGCACCCCCCUAGGCAGGGUCAUUCCCAGCGGGCACCUUGUUUACAUUAUUUAAUCUUGCAAAAAUGAAUCCGUGCACUUGGCUGUCCCACCCGAUCCCCUCCCAUACCACUUGGUUGGGUUUUGGUUUUUUUUUGUAUGUUGAUGUCUUUGGAUGUUGGGAAAUGAUAUUAAAAAUCUAUAUCUAUACAUUUCAUUUUAAGGUUCUCAAGGGGCUGGGAGGGGAGGGUGAAAAACUACAACAAAACUUUUAUAAAGGAAGGGUCUAGAGGAAGAAUUGCUGGAUUAUUUUUUAAAGCUUGUACUUGGUUGCUGUGAGCAAAGGGACAGAUUUUAUAUGUUUGGGGGGAGGGGCAGAGGGAUGCUUGGCUUUUUUUAACUACCAUUCAGUCUGUAGUGUGAGUGAUCUUGGUUCUAUUUUUUUUCCUUAUAUUGUGGCAGUUUCUUCUCUUUACUAGACUGUAUUAAAAAAAAAAAAUAUAUAUAUAAAUAUCUAAUGUAAUCACAAGAGUGCCAAACACCUGGAGAUGCCCAAGGGCAGUGAUUCCCUCCCCAGCUUGGGGCUCUCUGCUCUUUCUAGGGCUUGGUUGAUCUCUCGUGGGGGUUUCCUUUGACUUAUCUUUUCUAAUCUUUCUUUUCCAACUCUUUUUGCAUGAUGUGCGUGAAGAAAAAAGGGGAAGGAAAAAAAAAAAAGAGGUGCCUCAUGCACCGGGGAUUGGGCUCUGUUCAGGACUUGGACUGACAGAACUUAAGGCAGGUUGUUUUUUUUUUUUUCUUUCCUCCUUUUCUUAAAUAUUGUGUAUGUUGCACUUUUAUCCACUACACAGGGCUAUUUCUGCAAUGUCCAAAUAAAAAGGAAAAGUGAAACAAAACAGAAAAAAAAAAAAAAAAAAGAGAGAUAAAAAUACUUGUGGGUCUGCCGUGCGUUCCUGCCUGCAGCCAGGGCCCAGUGCUGUCAGAUCCCUCCCUGUCCACCUAAAAACUUCCAAAAAAUCCCUAGGAAAACCUUACCACCCUCCAGCACCAAUCCCCAGCAACCAAGGCCACGCUGCACUCCAAAUAAUUAACUA